AUGACAUCAACCUCGACGACGCCAUUUGCAACACCUGCUACCUCGCUACCGAGCUCAAGGCCGGGUACUCCCCCGCAAACUCCCACGGCCACUCCCACCAGUGUGCCUCCAGAUGCCCAGUUGCAAGAUGAGACAUCCAAGCUGAGGACCUUCCUAAGCCUACUGAGAAAAUUUAUCGGCGUUUCGGAUAUCGCCAAUGUUCGCUUUUCCCUACCUUCGCAGUUACUAGAACCUAUCCCGAACCUUGAGUACUGGCACUACCUCGAUCGGCCUGAGACUUUUGCAAGUAUCGGCACAUCAGAUGACGAGCUUGGUCGCAUGCUGGAAGUGCUCAGGUUCUGGUUCACCAAAGAUUUGAAAUAUGUCAAGGGCAAGCCUUGCAAGCCAUAUAACUCAACGCUGGGGGAGUUCUUUAGGUGUAAUUGGGACAUCAGCGAGCCCGCACCACCGAUAUUGAAUCCAUCUAAAGCGCCGCCCCAGCCGCCGACCGACCCUAAACAGCCCACUGGCAAAGACCAGCCGGUACGGAUAUCAUUCUUGACCGAACAAACGUCCCAUCACCCGCCGGUAUCAGCAUAUUGGUACGACUGUCCAGAACGAGGUAUCCAUGCCCGGGGCUAUGAUCAGAUUUCCGCUCGCUUCACGGGUACAUCUGUGCGGGUCGUCCCGGGCAUGUAUAAUCGAGGAAUCUUCAUCACCCUCACCAAGCGGGACAACGAAGAAUAUCAGCUUGUGCAUCCGGCAGCGUCAUUGGGUGGUCUGCUCCGAGGAUCGCUAUAUAUUUCCGUGGCCGACACGUGUUAUGUUACGUGUCCCAAAACAAAGCUGAAGUGCCUUUUGACAUACGUUGAAGAAAGCUGGUUCGGCAAGGCUCAGAAUCGCGUGCACGGAGUCGUAUUCCGCUACGACCCCAACGACGACAAGUACACGCGGGUCAAGGACGUUCCAGAUCGGGACAUUCUCGCCAAGAUUGAAGGUUGUUGGCAAGAUCAGAUUUACUACACGAUUCCCAAAACGGCGGCAGUCAAUGAGCGGAACCUGCAGCCAACCUCAGAAAAACAGUUGUUGAUCGACCUGCAACCGUUGAUGCCGGUGCCCAAAUCCUGUCCACCAACCCCAGAACAAUUACCCAAUGAGUCACGUCUACUCUGGAAGGAUGUGACGGUGGCCAUCAACGAGAAGCGGUACUCGGACGCCACACGCAUCAAACAAGACCUCGAGCAGGCGCAGCGGGACAAGGCGGCUAAGCGGAAGGAACUCAAUACUGAGUUCAAGCCACGUUUUUUCACCGCCGUCACCGAACCGUCGGGUAAGCCCGAGCUGACCGACUAUGGCAAGCAGACUCUCGAAGGGUUGCGGAAAAAAGAAUUUCGGUUGGAGCGUAUCCCCGAGCCUGGAAUUGACGAGUAG